CACAACGUGACAGCUGUGCAAAAGCUUGUCCUAACCGCUCGCGCUGCCUUCAGUAUCUUUACCGUGUAUAAGGACUUUGACAACAACUGUGAAGUUCAGUCUGUAUGUGUAUUGAAAAAAAAAAAUAUCGAACUUAAAUGAAUAUGUGGUUGAAUAGUUUCAUCAACGGUGUUCUCGGAGAAGAUGAAUAGUUUGAUCAGAGGCGUGUUUAGUGUGGGGGGAGAGCUUGCUCAGGGUUUGGUUUACUUCGUUUGUCAGUUUGCAAAGGAACGUUCUAAAAGUGUGCGGAUAAGGUCAUAGGACCGUGCGGUCGGACCAGUGUAAAAGCUCCGUCUAUGGACCGCACCUAGCUCAAACAUUUUCACAAUCGAGGUCAACACUUUCUAGUGAAACAUCCGAUGACCUUUGUCCCGGCAUUCAGAGAUUGUGAAAAUUCGGUCCUUACUGUGUGUGGCAGUUCUUUUUUUAUUUAUUUUUUGUAUCAUUGGUAUAACAUUUGUAUUGGGGAGCUUUACACGUCGAUUUGAUGAAAGCAACGUAUCUAGAAAUGAUAUAACGUGCACCAGAGAGGAUGAAGGGUGGCAGGGUAGAUACGAAGUGCUUUGCAAACAGUGCACCUUGCCCCCCAUGCAGCCUGACAGGUGUGCACCAAUCCGGGGUCCGAAUGGCUGUGAUGGGCGGGGCGAUCCAAUGGUCAAAUGCCUAGGGGGGAGGAGUUUAGCAACUUUCUGUUUGUAGAAUUCCUGGAAGGGGAACUAUGCUGCCUUAUCGGAUCGACGAGAAGCAUAAAGUGCUCAGUAACGCGUGUUAAAAUCAGAAGGACCUCCACUGGAUUAAAACAUGAUGCGUUUCCUGCUGCUGUUCAGUCGGCAGGGGAAGCUCCGGCUGCAGAAGUGGUUCACGCCCCUCACUGACCGCGAGAAGAAAAAGAUCAUCCGCGACAUGAUCACGAUGGUCAUACCCAGAGUGCCCCGCUCCUGCAACUUCUUGCACUGGAGAGAUAUGAAGAUUGUUUACAAGAGGUAUGCCAGCCUGUAUUUCUGCUGUGGGCUGGACGAUCAGGAUAAUGAGCUGCUGGGUUUGGAGGUGCUGCACCGUUAUGUGGAGCUGCUGGACAAAUACUUUGGGAAUGUGUGUGAGCUGGAUAUUAUCUUUAAUUUUGAGAAAGCCUACUUCAUCCUGGACGAGUUCCUGAUGGGGGGGGAGGUGCAGGAGACCUCCAAACUGACCGUGGCCCAGUCUAUGGAGGAGUCUGACCUGCUGCAGGAGACAAUGGAGGAGUACGUGAACAAACCCACCUUCUGAAAUGGGGAAGACGAUGCACUGCAGUUGUAUGUCGGUGAACCUACUGAAUUCUGGGUAACGGAAACCAUUUUGAUCCACAGGAUAUGUAUUUGUGCAUAUUCUUUUGCACACCUUGAAGCCAACUUCCAAAACUUCAGGCCGUAAACCAGCUGGUUUCUAAUUAUUUUGUAAGUGUGAAAAUCUUAUUAACAUGAAUUUAUUAGUAUUUGUGUUAAAGUCAUUUAAAGGUUAUUUUUUGUCAUUUGAAAUGAGCUUUGGGAAUAUAAUCACUGGGGCAAAUAAUUAUUUGAAAUAAGUUUAAUUGUUCAAAUAGCAUUACACUCCCUCCAGAUGAAAUAUUUCAGCCAGUAGGUUAAUAAUGUUUUGUAUGUAUUAUCCAUGUACUGGUCUGGUACAUGGAUAAUGUAUGAAACUGAGAGCUGUCUGCUGUUGAGCUAUUUACAUACCGUUAAUGGGUUAUUAGACUCAAUGUUCCGAGUUCAAUUAUAAUUAUGGUUACUAAUGAAUUCUUCACUGUUAAUCUUCACUAAUCACUAUUAUUUCAACAGAUAUUUGUGCUCCUUACAACCAUGAUCACCCCCCUUUCCUUAUGAACCCCCUUCUUUCAUGCAAAGCAUUUUCCUGGGAAAGGCCUGUGUCCCUCUCAGUAGGCCUCCCUGUGACCCUGUCAUUACUGCAGUCCCAUAGGAGAGCUCUUCUCCACAGAGAAAAUGAAGGUCUUUUAUUUUAAAGCUUUUGUUUAUUUUCAGUUGUAAUAAAUUUAAAAUAAAUAUUUUUAUAUGAAAAA